AUUUCCGAGGAAUGUUGUGUUUUAAAGAUGCCUGUGAAUGGGCUAAUUGUUUUCAUGUAGAUCUAUGUUUGUGUUUUAUUUUCUUUUGAAUCCCGAUUGACCAGAGUUCAUUUUUACAUAAAUAUGGAUAAUAGGUCCCAGGUAAAGAUGAGGGAGUACAAACUUGUUGUACUAGGCAGUGGUGGUGUCGGUAAAAGUGCCCUGACUGUGCAGUUUGUACAAAACAUAUUUGUAGAAAAAUAUGAUCCAACUAUAGAAGACAGUUAUAGAAAACAAGUGGAGGUGGAUGGACAACAGUGUAUGUUAGAGAUUCUGGACACGGCAGGGACAGAACAAUUCACGGCUAUGAGGGAUUUGUACAUGAAGAACGGACAGGGGUUUCUACUUGUUUAUUCCAUCACGGCCCAGUCCACAUUUAACGAUCUUCAGGAUUUAAGAGAACAGAUAUUACGAGUCAAAGACACAGACGAUGUACCUAUGAUUCUGGUAGGAAAUAAAUGUGACUUAGAAGAUGAGCGGGUUGUAGGAAAGGACCAAGGUCUGGGUUUGUCCCGGCACUUCAACUGUGAAUUCAUGGAGACCUCAGCGAAAAAGAAAGUUAAUGUCAAUGAAAUUUUCUGUGACUUAGUUCGAUUAAUAAACAAAAAGAAUCCAGAGAGACGACCUAAAAACACAAAGUCCAAGUCAAAAUGUGCAAUACUUUAGACCACACUGUAAAUUUGAAGAGAUGAAGAGAAGCAGAAGAAAACAUUUGGAUCCACCCCCCCAUAAAGUGUAACCAUCUGUAUACUGACAAUAUUGAGGAGAGAGAAUCUGGUGAUGAUUAACAAACCACUCCACAGACUUCUACCACAGUUUAUCAUUUUCUGACGGGGGAUUUAUAUUUAUAAUUCUGUAUAUAUUUAUAUAGCUUCUACACAGCUUAGAGAUUUACUGUUUAUAGUAACAAUAACGAGGAGGCGGAGUCUAGUGAUGAUUGACAGCUUUGAAAUUUUAGUUUAAAGUAAAGGACUGGGGUUAUUUGUGCUAGCUUGUACAAUUUUUUGUUGUAUGAAUAUGUCAAUUCUGAAUUGCUGGACACAUUUUUUCUGGUGAUACCCUUCAACUUUUGCAGUAUUUUUGAAAGUCAAUUUAUUUGUUUCACAGUUACAAGAAAAACUUACUGAAAAUAAUUUGAAGAAGAGGUUGGUACGUUUUCUUUCCUGUUAAUAAAUAUUUAAAGGCAGACACUGUAUGGAAGACAGCUUUGUUGCAUUGCAGACUGGGUAAAAUGAGUUGAUAUUAUGUUUAAAGCUUGGUUAGUAGAAAUAGAUUCCCAUUGUCUAUGUUCCUUGAAUUUUGCACUUAAAUCCAAACAAUAAUCCGUUGUCCUGACUGACAAUUUGUAUGAUACAACAGUGUGUUAUAACUGGGCAUAGUAAUCAAGUUAAGUUAUGUAAUCACUAGGACUGCAUUUUUACUCAUGUUCAAAACUCUGUCAUAUAAAUACAGUGUAUGAGAAAAAAUUAUAUGAAUGAAGUUCCCAGCUCCCAUUUUUCUGUCUAAGGCCAGUCCUAAACCUAAAAUAAAUUGUGAGAUAAUAUUUCUCUCUAUGAAUUAUCUUGUAGUGACAAAUUUUCUCUUUUUGUAAAAUGACUGUGGACCUUAAUUAUUGAAUGUUUUAUAUGAAUGUCACUGACUUAUUUUAUGCUAUAUGUUAUCUUACUGUCUAUUAAUAAAUUUGAUAAUAAAAAGGUGCUUAAAGUCAA